AUGGCACCGAAGCGCUCCGCUGCCACGGCCGCCAAGAAGGCAGAUCUGCGACCCUGGCCACCAAAGGUGCCCUUGGGCACCAUAGAAGACAUUCUACCGCUCAUCCAGGCUGAUGACGAUUCCCUCGAUUCACUGAUGUUGCCUGCGCCGGGCUUGCUCGGUGACGACGUGCCCAUAUCCCCCUUUGGCCCCGCGGAGAUGGAGUAUGUUUGCCAGUGCCUACGGAAGAACAGCAGUGUGACUCACCUCAAUGCAUCGAUGAAUCCCAUUGGCGAUCAAGGUGCAAAAUGUGUGUCCGAGAUGCUGAGAUGCACUGGAGCGGGAGCAGGUGCACCGCUUCCUUUGGCGCGCCUUUCCUUGAAUGGCUGUGGCAUUGGAGCUGUGGGAGCAAGAGCCUUGGCGGAGGCGCUCGAAACGGCAUCUGAGUUGAUUGUAGUAGAACUGGUGAACAAUGAGAUGGGUGAGGAUGGAGGGCAAGCUUUGCUGGAGGCGGUGAAAAGGAACAAGCAUCUCAAGGAGGUGAAGGUGGCUUGGGCCCAAAGCUCGGAGGGCCUCCACGAUGCCGCAGAGCUUUACGUGAAACGCCCUGGACUUGAUCCUUUGACGGACCCAGCCAUCGACUGGACGGGCCUGGAAAGGAGGACCUACUCAGUGCGCUUGCUGUACAAGGAGGUUGGUGCGGCAUAUCUUCCACUGGAGCCCACGCACCCUGGGGCUCGCUUGCGGUUGUUGCUCGAGGAUUCCAAGGCGGUUUGCCUUGUGACCUGCUGGUGCGCCCGCCGCAGAAACUUGUUGCCGGAGGAGCGGCUCGUGCGCAUCACAGCGAUUGAUGGCAAGUUGAUGAGAGCUAGCCCUGAGAAGCUUGCGCCUGCAGAGCCCGAAGAGCCUUGCACCCUUGAGGAUGCAGCUUAUUUGAUGUACACCUCUGGCAGCACUGGAACGCCCAAAGGUGUUUUGGUACCGCGGCGCGGUGUCCUGAAUGUUCUGCACUCCUUUGAUGCAAUGGUCAGGGGCUCCUCGGAGCGCGGAGCUCGGAAAAUCCUGGCCACAACCACCUAUUGUUUCGACAUCUCGGUUUUGGAGAUCUUUUGGCCACUUUGCUUCGGAUUCUCGCUCUUCCUGGUGUCCGCCAACACCGCCAGGAACGGGCCGAGGCUGGCCAGGCUGCUAGAGAGCCAGGGUGCCGAUUUACUUCAGGGUACGCCAGCUUUGUGGCGCUCUUUGGUGGCUGCUGGCUGGCAAGGCCAUCCAGGUUUGUCCGCCAUUUGCGGCGGAGAGGCCUUCCCCGUGAGCUUGGUGAAGCCUUUGCAGAUGGCAGCGGGCGCUGGCGUGUGGAAUGCUUAUGGCCCUACGGAAGCGACCAUUUGGGCAACAACGUAUGCCUUUGAGUCCAGCUUUGAUGCUUCGGUGCCCAUUGGCCUGCCAUUGCCAAACGUCCGUCUUUGCAUGGAGCAGGUGGAGGAGGCUCGAGUGGAAGAGUCUGCUGACGGUUCUGGUGAGCUCCUGGUGGGAGGUAUUGGUGUGGCACUAGGCUACCACUGCCGACCGGAACUCACAGCUAAGAGCUUCGUGCAGCGGUCUGGCGGCUGCGUCUAUCGAACUGGAGAUUUAGUUUGCCUUGGGGAAGGAGGCUUCCAGUUUCUGGGCCGGAUUGAUCAGCAGGUGAAAUUUCGUGGCUUCCGCAUCGAGCUGGGUGAGAUUGAGUCUGUGUUGGAGCGUCACCCUGCCGUGCUGGCAGCGAUUGCAGCUUUGAGCAGCAUGCCAGCACCGACACUGCUGGCGUUCGUUCAGUGCAACAUGGACAUCGAAGUUCCAAAACCAUCAGUUUUUCGCUCCCAUUUGGCUGCAGCCUUACCAGCCUACAUGGUCCCCCAGCAAGUUUGCAUCCUUCAGGCAAUGCCCUUGACGGCCUCCGGGAAGAUUGACCGGAAAGCGCUGCUAUUGCAAGUGGAGCCAAAGAAAGCAGGAGAGGGUUUGCCAGCGAAGAGCUUGAGAGAUGCUGUGGUGUUGGCCUUGGCAUCGGUGUCGGUGGCCCAGGUCGACUGGAGCGCCUCCUUGGCCUCGCUUGGGGUGGACUCUGUUUCUGCAGCUCCACUUGCAGACAGGCUUUCUCAAGAUGUGUUGGGUGGCCGAGAGGAAGUGCCAUUGGAUAUUCUACUUGGAGAUGGCAGCCUUUCGGAUUUGUGUGCCUACUUGGCUGAGCGGCGGCAGCUGCUUGUGUCCGGAGAAAAGGGGUUGGACUCUGGCACCUUCAGUGAAGGGUUCCUUCCACGCCACUGCGGUAGAGGAACGUGCUCUUCCAAAGCAAAUCUUUUGCGAGGAGGAUUCACCUUUGAGCGGUGCUGUAAGGAGGAGGGCGAAGGAUGUUGGGACUCGUCCUUUACCUACGAACGCUGUUGCAGCCUCACAUCCGUGAAGCGUUUUGCGGACAUGGACUUCCGCCCUUCCACCUCCUUGCACUAUGACUUGACACACCUGCGUCGGGACAACCAGCCUCGACUCGGGCCCGUGCAGGAUGAUGAAGCUCUUUUGCUUUAUGGUCUCAUCCGGGCUGUCCGCCCGAAAACCAUUGUGGAGUUUGGCACCUCCCAUGGCUUCAGUGCUUUGAACUGGAUGCAUGCGAUUGCAGAUGAUCCUGACGCACGUGUUUUCAGCUAUGAUAUCUUACCAUAUCCUGCUGCUCGUGCUUUAGAGGACUCGGAUCCGCGUUUCAUCUUCCACGGCAAGAGCCAAGCCGACUUCGAGCCCGCAGAUGUGGAAGGACGUCCAGUCGAUGUGGCCUUUUUCGAUGCUGGCCAUUUGGUCGAGUAUAGCCUAAGGGCAUUCGAACGGCUCUUGCCGGUCCUGACCAUGAAUGCCAUCGUUGCCGUGCACGACACCGGCCUGCAUGUACUCGAUCUCACACGCACACAGUUGCACUGA